UUGCUAGAAAUUUUCUUACCCAUCUUUGUUUAUUUUUCCCUUUUUCUCUUUUUCCGUUACAUAUUGUAGAAUGCUGAAAAGAGUACGACCAAGGUAAAAUAAAUUUCCUUUCCACAAUCCUCUCUCUCUCUCUCUCUCUCUCUCUCUAGUCUGUCCUCACACCCCUCUCGGUUCGCUCGAUAACGGUUCGACUUCGGUGGUUCUUCACGAUUAGCCGGAGGGAGAGGCAGCAAGAGCCGUGCACGAGUUGACUUUCGCGCUCCAGCUCACUCAUCGCCGUUUACAGUAGGGUGGAGGAGAGAGAAUACCUUUCGCUGCUUAGUCGAGGGGUUGUGCUCGUUCAACCCCUGCGGGGAUCGCGAGAUCUCGCCCCGCCUGUCAGCCAAUCGUCGUCGUUGGUCGACGUCUCGCGCACAUAUUCUAGCGUCGACGGACAGCGCGUCCGCCCAGCCGCGCGAACCCCGGGGGAUGAUAAUUCUUGCUGGCUGACACCCUUCUCUACGCCACUAUCGCGAGCCGCGACCAGAUCGCUACGGGCAAAAAUUACGAGUUAUAGAUCGCACGUGUUCCGACGCAAGUACGCGAGUUCGACGUUUACCAACCGACAAGAAACAAUCAUCACAAAGCAAUCGUUGCAACUCUGAUCAAGAUAAACAGCGGCAACCGACGUGGAAUUUCAAGGAAUACAUCUCGUGGACAUUUGUUUCACGCACUACUUUUAAUCUUGUGAAUUGUUAUGCGAAUUGUAGAGGUUGUUUGCUGUUAUCAUGACAUGAAUCUGAUCUCGUGCAAAUUCAUUCUGACUUAGAAUAUCUAUGUGUGUCAUUCGCGACGAUCGUCUGAAGUUCGGCUGAGGAUUCGACACAGAUUGCAGUGAACAGACGAAGAGAGUUUCUUGCAGAACUUAAGAUUUAAUAUAAGCUCGUCGGAAAUGGAAGAGAACGGACGCGGGGAAACCCUGUGCAAGGUCUGCGGCGACAAGGCCUCUGGGAAGCAUUAUGGCGUGCCGAGUUGCGACGGAUGCCGGGGUUUUUUCAAGCGGUCUAUCCGCAGGUACGCGAGGAAUCUGGAUUACGUGUGCAAAGAGAACGGGCGCUGCAUCGUGGACGUGUCGCGGCGCAACCAGUGCCAGGCCUGCCGUUUCACGAAGUGUCUUCAGGUCAACAUGAAGCGAGACGCUGUACAACACGAGAGAGCCCCAAGGAGCACGUCUUCUCUCGUUGCCGCGGUGAGAAGGAGUUCUUCGGGACUUUACACGGGCAUUCCUAACGUUUAUCAUCCUGCGAGCAGUGCUUACCAUCCCCUCCUAUAUCCCGCAUUGUUUCCCUUCAAACCCACGGUACCAACAUUCACCCCGUCCGUUGCAGCACAUUUCUUGCCACGACCGUCCCCGGAAUCAAUGUCUAUGACCACCGCCAAGGAAGACGAAGUUACCAGCUCAGAGGAGGCUGCUACUGUCGACGUCAGGCUCGAAUCAAAAGAUGAACUAGUGAACACUCGCCUGGCGCCGCCGGUUAUUACUUCUGUCUCAUCGGAAUACACAAUGCAAGGCUUAUCUUUCCUGCCAACUGAAAAUAUCUACGAAUUCGCAGCGAAGUUACUUUUCUUCGCCGUGCGAUGGGCGAGAAGUAUACAUUCCUUUCUGCAACUUCCUUACAGAGAUCAAACUAUCCUUCUGGAGGAGUCGUGGAGCGAGUUGUUCGUGUUGACAGCCGCGCAGUGGAACUUUCCCGUGGACGAGACCACCCUGGUGCCAGUAGAUCUGCCGAUAGAGCGGAGGGAAAUUCUCCUCGAUAAAGCGAGGAGGCUGAGAGAACUCUUGGCAAAGUGCGCCGCGUUAAGGGUAGAUCACUCGGAGUACGCGUGCUUGAAGGCCAUAGUUCUUUUUAAACCAGAAUCGCGAAACCUCUGUGAGCCUGGACGAGUGUCGGCGUUGCAGGAGCAGACGGUGGCGGUGUUCUGCGAGAGGGAUGCGCGCAGGGUAGGUCGAUUGUUGCUGCUUUUACCACCGGCGCGUGCACUUUGCCGCGCCACUCUGCACGAGCUGCUGUUCAAACCGACGGUCGGCGAAGUCAGCGUCGAGCGACUGCUGGGUGACAUGGUCGGCGCCCUCAGGCCUACCUAACUGCUGACACGAAUGCGCCCGUUGCUCUUGGGAUACCCGUGUAAGGGUGCGUUUUACCGACACCCCUUUAUCGACGAAAUUCGGACUGUGAAAUGAGCAUGCCGAGAUAAAAUUGCGUCAUAAGAUUGUCUAUAGAGACGUAUACCUAUAUCGAUUUAUUUUGAGUAUCAACUCUUAACUUAUUUACUCUUUUUUGAGUAAUUAUUAUUAUUGAAUAAUAAUAAUUUGAACCGAUAUGUAAUUAAUGCAAAAAAUAAGAAGUGUCAUUUCUCGAUCAAGGCAGUUCUUGGUGCCUGAUAGUAAUGUUUACGUAAACUUUUACACAAUCUGUAGUUCAUACAAACUGCACGUCGCAUAUUCCUCGGUCUUGAUAGAAUUGUUAUUGAAACUAUAAUUAUUGGAACAGCUUGUGCUGCAGAGAAUAACGAGUGUUCUGCAUCUACGAUUCUACAUCAUUUAAAUUUUAAGAUAUUGAAACUAGUCCAGCAGUAGACUUCUUGCCUGUUUCCAGCAAGAUAACUUUAAUUAACUAUGAUUGAUUAAAUGAUGAUCUUGUCAUAUUAUUUUAUAGUUAACAUUGUAAUCCGGUAAAGGGAGCCAAUUAGAACUAAUUAGAGACGUCCAGAAUAUUCUAAAUCGUAGACUAAUAAUUGUAAAUGAGAUAGAUAAGCAAUAAGCGACAAAGAGUUCUUGUUAACUUAUCGAAUUAUGAUCGCGUUGGCCGUGCCGAUAAAACGGCCAUAAUUAAAAGAAGACAAAAAGGGCGAUUUUGUAACGCAGUUUUGCCUGUCGGAAUAUUGAUCCGUGAUGGAUAGAAUUACGGCGCUAUUGUCAACCGCAUCAGUUCUUUCCGUAUGUGUAUGUGGCAUUAUAUAUGUAUACAUAAAUGGGCUUUGCGCAAUGUAAUAUUUAUGCACCUUAAAUGGACACAUAUGUACAUACUUGGUCUAGAUAUAAAUAAUAUCUUUAGUAUAUAGUUAUAUAUAGUGUCUAUAAAUAACUUUAGCGACAACCGCCUCGGUAUAGAGCAUCCUAAAUUGAAUUGUAAUGCGAAUUAAAGCGACACAAAUGCAUAUUCGUGUAAUCAGUUAAUUAAUCAAUUAAGGAUCUCGUUUAUUCCGUUCCUUGUAUCAUUAGGCAGAUACAUCCAAAGCAAAAAAGAGAUGACAGUGGUUAUUUCCAGCGUUAUUCUCGCUAAUGUUAUCUCUAUAUGUUAUUAUUUGCGCAAGAGCGAAAAUUAUGUCAUCGCAAGCCGGUCAUUAUUAUAUUAAAUUAAUGAAUAUUAUUUCAAAAAAUGGUUCCAUGAUAUAAUUAAACUAGAAUAAAUUCUUUUAGAAAAUA